GAGAGCUAUUAUAAUAUCCUCGUGCAAUUGCACGCUCGCGACUGUAGGCUAAACGGUGUCCGUGCACGCUGUACUCCCGAGCCGCAAGAUUUUCGAUCGGCAAGAAUCGGUUGACAUACUUUUUUUUUUUUUUUCCCAACAGCGGUACACCGUAGCAUCAGUUUUGUUGUUUGGGGAGUUUUAUCCGUUACAAUGGCUCGCAUGAGGACUACAGACAAGGCCAAGCCGACGAUCGUCGCACUGGUGGUACUCGCGCUGUUGGCCAGAAGCGGGACCGCACGUAAGUACUUCAUAGAAGUCGUGUAUCCCGACGAGGGUGGGUGCAUAGCGCCGAGCGGCGUAAGGGGUAAUUGCAUAAACAUCAACAACUGCCCUGGUAUUUUGUCUCUGCUGAAAACGAGGCCCGUGAGCCCGGAUGCCAUGGGACGAGUGCUCAAGUCGCAGUGCGGCUUCGAGGGCAAGACCCCGAAAGUUUGCUGCGAGAGAAACAUCACCCCGACGGAGCGGCCCGUGCAGCCGGUGGACGACACGCAACCUCCGGACGUGACCAAACACCCGAACUUGCGUCUGUUGGGUUACAAGAACUGUGGGCCAUUCAACUCCGACAAAAUCAUCGGUGGCAACGUCACCCGCAUCAACGAGAUACCCUGGAUGGCCCUGUUGUCUUACGACACUGGCAAGGGCCGGCCCGAGUUCCGCUGCGGUGGCUCCAUCCUCAACAAGCGCUACAUCCUCACGGCCGCCCAUUGCGUUGCUCAGUUGCCUCCUGGGCUGCGACUGAUAGGCGUGCGCGUGGGCGAGCACGACUUUGCGAAGGAAAGGGACUGCGAGGCCGUGGGCACUUCCGAGGAAGUUUGCGCGGAGCGAUACCAGGACUUUCAAAUCGAGAGCGUCACGUCCCACGAAAAGUACUCGACGGUCAACUACCACAACGACAUCGCCAUCAUCCGAGUGAAUCGCGACAUCGACUUCCGGCCGGACAACGUCAAGCCGGUUUGCAUGCCGAUCGGCUCGUCAGCCAAAAUCUCGUCGAAAAAGCUGAUGGUGACCGGUUGGGGCGUGACGGAGCAGAGGAUCGCGAGCACGGUGCUGCUCAAGAUCUACCUGCCGAUUUAUUCUCAGGACGAGUGCGCCAAGACGUACCAGAGACAAGCGGCAAUUUGGCACAAGCAGAUCUGCAUUGGUGGGGAACAGGGCAAGGACUCGUGUAGCGGUGACUCUGGUGGGCCCCUGGUCGCCCCGUCGGUUUACAACGGCACGCCUCGUUACGUUCAGUACGGCGUCGUCAGUUUUGGCAUCAAAUUGUGCGGGACCCAAGGCUUUCCGGGCGUUUACACGAGACUUAACUUCUACCUCGAUUGGCUUCUCGAUAAUAUGCGCGAUUGACGACCACGACGAGACAAUGAUGAUGAUGAUUGUUACUUAUUUUUAUAUCCUUCCGAUGAUGGUGCGUUUGAACUACAUGCCAAAAUAACGACUUGUUUUGCAUUUGUUUGCUUCGCUCUUUUUUCCUUACCUUUUUUUUGCGCUCAACCGCGUCAUUGUAUGAGCUAUCAUUCUAUACUUGGACGUGCACCAGUGCGCGAUGAGCGCCGUUUUUGCGCGAAAACAAAAAAAGACUUUUUUUUUGUCUUUCAUUCAUCAUCGAUAUCGACGCAUUCUUCCGUGAGUGUGUUUUUUUUUGUUAUCCGUAGAGGUGCGUAAAAGUAAAGAGCCCCCGAGGCUUGUGUUAUUCUUGACUGAUUGGAUGAUGGAUAUGUUGUUUAACGCAUCGUACGUCUCGUGUGGCUUAGUUAUUAAAAGUGCGAUUUAUUCUAAGUAUUGUACGCACACGCUUAUGUAAAUAAUAUUUGUUAACAAAGAAAAAUUUCGAUUAUUUGCGAGAUGAAAUUUUAAUUCAAUUCAUCGACAAUACUCAUAUAUGUUUCAUCGAACGUGUACUCAAUAAUUUAUUUUUCGUUGUUUUAUUGCUGUAAUAAUUACUAUUAUUAUUGUUAUUUUAUUUACAGUCUUUGGUUGUGAAACUCGGAGGUAUUUUUUUGCGAAUCCUUAAAUAUCAAGUAUGCGUACACGUCCAUAAACUAUUAAUAUAUAAUACAAGCUGCAAACGUAUUAUAUGUUUUAUAAUUAAUAUUGCACUUGGUACUUAUAUCUAUAAUAUAAUAUUAAAUUUUUUGUUGUUGUUGUUUUUUUCAUCCAUAAAAAAAAAUAAGACUGCGCGUAUUUGUAAACGCAUUACCAAGCAACAAUAAAAUAUUUACGAUAAAAUGAACACAAACAUUUAACAACGAUACAUUGUUGGAGAACCCAUUUGUAUGACAAUUCUAUUGAUCGUAUGUAUUUAAAAGGUCAAUACAGUACUACCACUUAAAA